AGCUAAACAGGAGCCCCGGGGGACAAAAGGCCAGUGGCACCUGGGCUGUCCCAGCAUUGGAGUGGCCACAGGCCCAUCCCCUGUUCUGACACUGCUGGGCCACCUCCAGCCCUGGGGACAGAGCUGGAGCCCUCAUGGUAAGAGGCACUGUCCAAAGAAUGGAAUGGAGCGGGAGAAGGGUCUGGAGCACCAGGAGCUGGGAGGACUCAGCCUGCAGAAAAGGAGGCUUGAGGGAACCCUCUGGUUCUCCACAGCUCCCUCAGCCAGGGGGUGUGUCAGGCUCUUCUACCAGGGAACAAGGGCUCAAGAGAAAACAGCCUCAAGCUCUGCCGGGGAAGUUGAGGUUGGACAUGAGGAGGAGUUUCUUCAUGAAAAGUGUUGUCAGGCAUCAGAAGGGGCUGCUGAGAAAGGUGGUCAAGUCCCCAGCCCUGGAGGUGUCCAAGGAAUGACUGGACAUGGAAUGACAAGGAAUGACAGGAGCACCUCAGUGCUCUGGUCUGGGUGAUGAGGUGGGGAUUGGUCACAGGUUGGGCUCAGCUCAAUGAUCCUGGAGGUCUUUUCCAACCUGAAUGACUGAAAUCCCUCUGGCUCCUUGCCCAGCUCUGCUCCAGGACCGCCCCAUUCCUCCCUGUAGCUCAGCAACCACUUGCCAGCCCAGCCCUGACCCUGCCUCUGCCGUUCCGCGUCUCUCGGGGCUCUCACAGCCAUGGAGCCCGCAGGGCGCCGCGCUGCCCAGGGAGGGGAGGCAGCUCCGGGGGGAUUCAGUGGGGGACAGCUCCUGAAGCCCUAUGACAGCUUCAUCCGCGCCCACCUGCGCUUCUAUGGCUACUUCCGAGACGAGAAGACGGGCAGGGAAGAGACGGCCGUGUCCCCGGGGGAGCCCUCCGGGCAGCAUCCCAAGGCAUCCCCCAUGGGCAGCACCGGCCCUGGCUGGCAACGAGGUCCUGGGCAUGAGCCAAACCCCCCCAGGGUGGUGCAGACGCCCCAGCAGGGCAGACUGGCCCCCUUGAGGCAGCCCUGGAGGUCUCCAGGAGAACCGCAGGCUCCGUUCUCCCUCCCUGCUCCCCGCUGGCCUGUGGAGUGUGAAGUCAUCCAGGAGACGAUUGAGCACAUCGAAUGGGUCCCCCCCACACCAGAGCCCUUCUGCCCACCCACGGGCCCGGAGCAGGCCCUGUACAGCCUCGGUGAGGAGCAGGGCGCUGUCGUCUACCACUGCAGCCCAGCGUUCCAAGGCUCCUGCUUUACCCGUGCUCGGGUCGGGGGAGCCCCGGGGCCACUCUCCUCGCCAGCAGCCCCCUUGGAGGGUCCCCAGGACACCACGCUGCUCUUUGAGUCCCGCUUUGAGAGUGGGAACCUCCAGAAGGCCAUCAAGGUGGGUCCCUAUGAGUACGUGCUGAUGCUGCGGCCAGACCUGUACACGGCCAAACACACACAGUGGUUCUACUUCCGUGUCCAAAACACGCGGCGGGAGCCGCUCUACCACUUCACCAUCGCCAACAUGGCCAAGCCCAAGAGCCUCUACAGCCAGGGCCUGCGGCCCCUGCUCUACUCCCAGCAGGAUGCCCGGAGCUGUGGCAUAGGCUGGCGCCGGGUCGGGACCGACGUCCGCUACUACCUUGGCGGCGCGGGGAAGCCGCCGAUUUUCCGGCUCAGCUGGACCGUGCGCUUCCCGCACGAUGGCGACACGUGCUUCUUCGCCGCCUGCUAUCCCUACACCUACUCGGACCUGCGGCGCUACCUGCGCGCGCUGGCGGCCGACCCGGCGCGCUCGCGGUACUGCACGGUGCGGCCGCUGUGCCGCAGCCUGGCCGGCAACACCGUCCCCCUGCUGACCGUCACUGGCCCGGGCGGCGCGGCCGGCAAGCGGGUGGUGGUGGCGAGCGCCCGCGUGCACCCCGGCGAGAGCGGCGGCUCCUGGGCCAUGAGGGGAUUCCUGGAUUUCCUGCUGAGCGGCCACGAGGACGCGCGGCUCCUGCGCCGCCUCUUCGUCUUCAAGGUGGUGCCGAUGCUCAACCCUGACGGGGUGGUGGUGGGCAACUCCCGCUGUUCCCUGGCAGGACGGGAUCCCAACAGGGCCUACGGGAAGGAGCUUCCCGGCUCCUUCCCUGGCGUGUGGCACCUGCGGGCCAUGGUCCAGAGGGUGCUGGCGGAGCGGGAGGUGCUGCUGUACUGCGACUUCCACGGGCACAGCCGGAAGAACAACGUCUUCAUGUACGGCUGCGAUGCCGGCGGGGACGGCGCCGGGACACGGCUGCGCCAGCGCGUGUUCCCCCUGAUGCUGAGCAAAAAUGCCCCUGACAAGUUCUCCUUCUCCAGCUGCAAGUACCGGGUGCAGAAGAGCAAAGAGGGGACAGGCCGGGUCUCCAUGUGGCGCCUGGGCGUCUCCCACAGCUACACCCUAGAGGUGGCCUUCAGUGGCUCCACGCUGGGUGGGAGAAACUCCCACUUUAGCGUGGGGGACCUCGAGUCACUGGGCCGUCUCCUCUGUGACACCCUGCUCGACUUCUGUGACCCUGCGCCCGCCAAGCUCCAGCAGUGCCUGGUGGAGGCGGAGGCGCUGCUGCAGCAGCAGAUGGGUCGUGAGCCAGGCUCUGGAGGCAGCUGGAGCGAUGUGUCCCUCUCAGAGCUCGAGUCCAGCACCAGUGGCUCUGACAGCUCCGUGUCCGACGGGAUCCCAGAUGACUUCCAGAGCCAACAGGUGAGUCUCCAUGUGCCACUGAUUUUGAGGUGGCAGGGACGCAGAGCCAGGGUGGAACAUGGUGACAGAGGGUGCAGAUGUCCCAGUGCCACUUCACCUCCUGGCAUAGAUGGAGCCACGCAGGAAGAAGCGGCUGCGGAGACGGAGAGUGAGGAAUGUCCUGCGCCGAACAAACCGGAGCCACACCAGCAUCCCGGUGAGCCUGGAGCCACCAUAGUCCAUCCAGGCCCCCAGGGGACAGUCCUGCAGGGACACUUGUCCCCAGUGCUGUCUCACCCCUCAAGUGGGUCUGACACCUCUCCUGUGCCCCCCAGGCUGGGACCCGCAGGCAUCCCGUUCUUCCUGGUGUCCGGAGUGGAGGUGACAGUGCAGGAGAGAAGCCCAGAGCCAGCUCCAGUGUCACCUUUUCCAGGACAGCUGGAGCAGGGAAUGGCCCCCGUGCCAUCAGAGGAGAGGUGCCUGGAGCUGACUCUGGAGUGGCCCUUCCUAGGGCACCUGAAGAAGGGAAUGGCCGCUGUGCCACCACGGGAAGGCAUCAGCUGGACAGUGGCACGAGUGCUGUGACACAUCGCAAGCCACCACUGAGCCCCUGCCACCGUGGUGCCACCAGUGACUCUUCCCGGGAUCCAGCUGUGGGAGUGAUCUUGGGGCCAUCCUGGCAGCAGCGGGGCAGGGACAGGGACAGGGCCCGUCCCCUCACU